AUGCGAUCUACCAUUGCGCUCGCUGCUGCGCUCGCGAUGCCCAUGAUGGGCAGCGCCGUCGAGCUCAGCGACGACAUGCUCAACAAGGUCUACGACCUCAUGGGCUCCAUGACCAAGCACACUUGGGAGAACGGCUCUCAGUCCGAGGCUGUUGUCGAGUGGAAGCACCCUCAAUACUCUGUCUACCACCAGGGUGCGCUCCCGAUCCCCGACGGUAUCACGAAGGACGACGUCCCGGAAAUUGUCCAGAUCGCCAACUGGGCGCUCGCGCAGACUCCGAAGCCGUACACGCAGCAGAAGGACGCCGCUGCCCGUGCCGCGCAGAGCCAGGCUGCCACGAGCACCCAGGAGAACCAGGAGGGUGACAACCAGCAGCAGAAGCGCCAAGCCCAGACCUCGAGCGGAUCUGCCGCUCAGACCUCUGCGCCCUCGACGACUCACUCCAGCGCUGCGCACCCUUCCCCCACGCCCAAGUGGCCCAGCUACCAGACCGUCCCCGCCAAGAACAACACCCAGCUUCCUGACGGUACCCCUAUUGUCGACGAUGCCGCGGCCGGUGACCCCGCCGCACUUGGCAUGUCUGUCGUCCUUGCUGGCAAGGCGACUGGCGACGCCACGGUGAACAACACCAAGUACUCGGAUGCCGCCCAGCGCCAGGUCGACUACCUCCUUUACCACGUCCCGCGUGCCCCGAACGGAGCCAUCUCGCACCGUCGCGAUGAGGUCCAGCUCUGGGCUGACAACGUCUACAUGGUUCCUCCCUUCUUCGCUUACUACGGUGUUCAGACUGGCAACAAGACCCUUGUCGAGGAGUCGUACAACCAGAUCAAGGCCUACCGCGACGCUCUCCGCCACCCGGACAACAACCUGUGGCAGCACAUCAUCUACAACGAGAAGAUUGACGAGGGACUUUGGGGUACCGGCAACGCCUGGGCCGCUGCUGGUAUCGUGCGUGUGAUUGCUACGAUCCAGCAGUCGCAGUUGAAGGAUGAGAUGAAGGAUAAGAUCAACGACCUGAAGAGCUGGGCCGACGAGAUCAUGAAGGCGACCAAGGACAACAUGACUGGCAACCACAUGAUCCGCAACUACGUCAACAACGAGUCAUCGUUUGAGGACUCGUGUGCCACCACUCUCAUCGCUGCUACCGGUCUUCGCAUGUCGACUCUCAACCUGACCGACGACUACGUCCCGACGUCGCUGCAGAUGCUUGCCGCCGCGUCGAAGAACGUCAACGAGACCGGCUACCUCACGCACGUCACGAACCCCAUGCUGUUCAAGGUUGAGGGCAGCUCUUCCCCCGAGGGCCAGACCUUCAUCAUCCUUGCGUACUCUGCGUACAAGGACUGGAUUGCGCAGGGCAAGAAGGGCGUCGACAAGAAGCACAAGGACCACCCGCUCGACGACGACUCUUCCGCCCUCGCGACCAAGGCCGGUGUCGUCAGCACCCUCGCUGCCGUGGCGCUGUCGCUCUGGGCCGUGCUCUAA